AUGUCAGGUUGGGCAGGUACAGCUUCGUGUUAUCAUGUCUCUAACCCUCUGCCCUCUCCUCUCCCUUACAGGUACAGCUUCGUGCUACUGGGUCUUCUGGCCUUCGUGUGUGCCACUUCAGGCUACGUCCUGGAUGACCAGGACGACGCUCUCAGCGACACGGACGACCUUCCAGAUGUGAACUUCGAAGACGAACAAAACGACGCUCUCAGAGACUUGGACGAUCUUCCAGAACUGAACCUCUUAGAAGACGACCAAGACGACGCUCUCAGAGACUUGGACGAUCUUCAAGAACUGAACCUCUUAGAAGACGACCAAGACGACGCUCUCAGAGACUUGGAAGAUCUUCCAGAACUGAACCACUUAGAAGACGACCAAGACGACUCUCUCAGAGACUUGGAAGAUCUUCCAGAACUGAACCACUUAGAAGACGACCAAGACGACGCUCUCAGCGUAAAGGACGACCUUCCAGAGGUAGCCAACCACGAUGACGAUCAACCAAAGAGGUACAGCUUCAUGUUAUCAUAUGUCUCACCCUCUCCUCUCACCUCACCCACAAGGUACAGCUUCGUGCUACUAGGUCUCCUGGCCUUCAUGUUUGCCACUUCAGGCUACGUCCUGGAGAACCAGGACGACGCUCUCAGCGACACGGACGACCUUCCUGAAGAGGCUUUCUUUGAAGGCGUUCCAGUGGAUAGGUACAACUUCGCGCUGCUGGGUCUCCUGGCCUUUGUGUGUGCCACUUCAGGCUUCGUCCUGAAGAAACAGAACGACGCUCUCAGUGACAAGGACGACCUAACAGAGGGGGACAUACAUGAAGUCAUUCCAGUGUUUGGGAUGCGUGUCGAUGACAACACCACUGAACCCACUACCGAAGCCUCCACCGAGGCCUCCACCGAGGCCUUCACCGAAGCUACCACCGAAGCUACCACCGAAGCUACCACCGAAGCUACCACCGAGGCCUCCACCGAAGCCCCCACCGAAGCCACCACCGAAGUCACAACUGAAGCCCCCACCGAAGCCCCCAUCGAAGUCACCACUGAAGCCCCCACCGAAGCCACAACUGAAGCCACAACUGAAGCCACCACCGAAGUCACAACUGAAGCCAGUAAAGAAGCCACGACUGAAGCAACAACUGAAGCCACCAUCGAAGCCACAACAGAAGCUCCCAUUGAAGCCACCAACGAAGCUACCACCGAAACCAUCACCGGAGUCAUAACUGAAGCUCCUAUCGAAGCCCCCACCGAAACCACCCCCGAAACCACCACAGAAGCCACCACAGAAGCCACCGCAGAAGCCACAACUGGAGCUAACACAGAAGCCAUCACUGAAGCAACUGAAGCCACCACCGAAGCCACAACUGGAGCUAACACAGAAGCCAUCACUGAAGCCACCACCGAAGCCAACACCGAAGCCGCCACCGAAGCCACCACUGAACCCACCACCACAACUGAAGCCGCCACCGAAGCCACCACUGAACCCACUACCGAAGCCACCACCGAAGCAACAACUGAAGUCACCACCGAAGCCACACCUGAAGCCACCACCGAAGCCACAACUGAAGCCACCACUGAAGCCACUACCGAAGCCACAAUUGAAGCCGCCACCGAAGCCACCACUGAACCCACCACCGAAGCCGCCACCGAAGCCACCACCGAAGCAACAUCUGAAGCCACCACCGAUGCCACAACUGAAGCCACCACCGAAGCCACAACUGAAGCCACCACCGAAGCCACCACCGAAGCAGCACCUGAAGUCACCACCGAAGCCACAACUGAAGCCACCACCGAAGCAACAACUGAAGCCACAACUGAAGCCACCACCGAGGCCUCCACCGAAGUCACCACUGAAACCACCACCGAAGCCACCACCGAAGCAACAACUGAAGCCACCACGGAAGACACAAAUGAAGCCACCACCGAAGCCACCACCGAGGCCUCCACCGAAGCCACCACUGAAACCACAACUGAAGCCACCACAGAACCCACCACCAAAUCCAUCACUGAAGCCACCACAGAAGCCACCACUGAAGCCAUCACCGAAGCCACCACCGAAGCAACAACUGAAGCCACAAAUGAAGCCACCACCGAAGCCACAACCGAAGCCAUAACUGAAGCUACCACUGAAGCCACCACAGAAGCUCCCACCGAAGCUACCACCGAAAAUACUACAGAAGCUACAACUGAAGCUCCCACGGAAGCUACCACAGAAGCUUCCACAGAAGCCACAACCGAAGCCACCACCGAAGCCACCACUGAAGCCACAACUGAAGCCACCACUGAAGCCACAACUGAAGCGACCACCGAAGCCACAACUGAAGCGACCACCGAAGCCACCACUGAAGCCAAAACCGAAGCCACAACUGAAGCCACCAACAAAGUCACCACCGAUGCCAUCAACGAAGCCACCACCGAAGCCAUCAACGAAGCAUCAACUGAAGCCACCACCGAAGCCACCAAUGAAGCCACCACCGAAGCCACAACUGAAGCCACAACCGAAGCUACAAACGAAGCAUCAACUGAAGCCACCACCGAAGCCACAACUGAAGCCACAUCUGAAGCCACUACCGAAGCCACAAACGAAGCAUCAACUGAAGCCACCACUGAAGCCACAACUGAAGCCACCACCGAAGCCACAACUGAAGCCUCCACCGAAGCCAAAACUGAAGCCACCACCGAAGCCAUAACUGAAGCGACCACCGAAGCCUCUACCGAAGCCAUAACUGAAGCUCCCGUUGAAGCUACCACCGAAGUCACCACAGAAGCCCCCACCGAAGCCCUCACUGAAGCAACCACCGAAACCACCACAGAAGCUCCGACCGAAGCCACCACAAAAGCCACUACUGUACCAACGAAAAAACCCUCCAGACUCUGA